ACGGACUGCCUUCUUCCUCGUUAGGGAACGCUGCUGCCGGUGCUGUCAUGGCGGCCGUGGGGCUUUUGUGUCGCCUGAGUUGUCGCCUGUUGCCCAGAGGGGCCCUGGCUUCGGCUCGGGCGGCAGCGGAGGCCUCAGAGGCCGGGCUGAGGAGCCGGGGCCCAUGCUGCAUUGUAAUCAGGCACAUUAACAACAAUGCCACAUGGUGGGAUGAGCACCUUUCAGAAGAGAAUUUCAAGUUACUUAAGACAUUUGUAAAAGAAGAAGACCAGGCUCAAACUGCCAGUAAACUUUGCCCACUGAAAGAUGAACCUUGGCCUUUGCAACCAUGGCAACCAGGUUCCAGAAGAGUUGGUAUUAUUGCUGUAAAGUUGGGAAUGAUGCCAUUGUGGACCAAGAAAGGUGAAAAAUUGGCUGUCACAUUACUUCAGGUUCAAGAUUGCCAUGUGAUACGGCACAUACCAAAGGAAGAAAGUGAUGGGAAAUAUCCUGCUCUAAUUGUUGGAGCGAAAAAUGUAUCUCAGUUUCAAAAAAGUGAGUCUAUCCUAGAGAUGUACAGAGCAGUUGGUCUCCCUGUAAAGCAGAAAAUUUCAACAUUUCGAGUUACAGAGAAUGCUAUCAUUAAGCCAGGCACUCCUCUUUAUGCAGCUCACUUUCGUCCUGGGCAGUACGUGGAUGUCACUGCAAAAACGAUUGGCAAAGGCUUCCAAGGAGUCAUGAAAAGAUGGGGAUUUAAAGGCCAGCCUGCUAGUCAUGGUCAGACUAAAACACACAGGCGACCUGGAGCAAUUUCCAAUAGUAAAGUUGCCAAAGUCUUCAAGGGAAAGAAAAUGCCUGGGCAACUGGGAAACUGGUACAGGACAACUAAAGGACUAAAGGUAUGGCGGGUCAGUACAAAGUUCAAUGUCAUAUAUGUACAUGGUAGUGUUCCAGGUCAUAGAAACUGUUUAGUAAAGGUCAGUGAUUCAUCUUUACCGGCUUACCGAGAAGACUGUAAGGACUUUCCAUUCCCAACAUUUUUUGCUGAUGGCGAAGAGGAGCUGCCUGAUGAACUGUAUGAUGAAGAAGUUUUCCAGUUCAGCGAGCCCUCCAUUGCAUUCAGUUAGUUACUGACAUCCUGAAAAUUUCCCAUCAUGGAUGUCAACUUGAAACUACAAAACAGGAAAUUGUCAGAGAGGUGGGCUCUUGCCAUCAUCAACUUGCCCAAAAAAACCUUAAGACAGCUGGUGAUUUUCUGAUUUUCUCCAAAACAGCAAAUUUCAAAAUGUAUAAAUUUUAGCCUGAAAAGGCUAAAUAAUGACAAACCAUAACCUUUUCACUUUUUAAAAUGACAGAAUCUUUCAAACUAAAAAUGUUAUUGUAUCUAAAACAGUGAAACUGCUGCUUCAAUCAAAUUAUGAAUCAGAAGGACACUUCUGUUCGUUCGGUCCUGAAAUCAAUAAUUCCAGUUAUUUACCUAAUUAAAAAACUAUUACUAGACUGUGUAUAUUUCAUCAUCUUAUAAGGCAGAAAUGCCCAGGACUUUGAAGGGGGGAAAGCUUGUCACUGUUCUGGAAUUUGGUUUCUCCUGAACUCGCAUCCAAAAAAUAUGCUAUGACUUCAAGUUCUGUUCAACAUGAAUUAGAACUAGCAAAAAACUGAAAUUUUAUCAAAACUUUCAAAAUGUUGUGCAAUUAAAGGAGAAAACAUUUAUUAGACAUGCCUCUCCAAUGUUACUAUUUUUCAUUUUACUGGGUCAUCAGCAAAUUCACAUGUGAAUAACUCUCAGUGAGUUAGAUGCAAUUGCAGUAUUAAUUUCAAGUACUUCCCUCUUCCUCCCUGGGCAUUUAACAGGAAAUGUAUUGCAUGGGUUCCAUUUUAAUAUUUUGGAUCAGCUUUCAAAUAAAAUUUGAGUUUAUCAAAGACAUACUUAGUCAAAAAAUUAGAAAUCAGAAUAAGCAAUUUCAAUAUGAAUGAAAAAGCUUUGGAAUUCUUAUUCUGAGACAGCCCUAUCAUAGGACUUAUGUCUUUGUCUAUAUGAUACGUAUGAAUCCUAUCUUAUGGGGAUUUGUAUGAAAAAUCACUUUAUCAUGGCUUUUUAGACUUCCUACCUUUCCCCUACUACCCUGUUUCCCCUAAAAUAAGACAUCCCCAAAAAAUAAGACCUAGUAGAGAUUUUGCUGAAUUGCUAAAUAUAAGGCCUCCCCCGAAAGUAAGACCUAGCAAAGUUUUGUUUGGAAGCAUGCCCAGUGCCCACCAAACGAAACACCAUAGCAUGCAGGAUUGGUAAAUGUACAUACCAGUUGUAUAUGGAAAUAAUGGUAGUAACAAGAAAUUCUUAACAGAAGUCACAGUUUCUCUGGUUUGGUUAUGUUGGUUUGUGAUGACAACUACUGUACAGUUUAGAAUAAAUGUUCAUUUUUUGUUCAACAAUAAA